GGUCUGUGGAAGUGCCAAAGGGGUGUGUGUGUUUGUGUGUGUGUGUUUGUGUGUGUGUGUGUUUGUUUGUUUGACUUUAAGAUACAACUGGGCUUUCAUGAAAUGAGGGGGCGUGUUGAAUGCCCUCGUGUUUGACAUUAAGUCGUAGAAUGUCACCUUUCCCUCUCUGAUUACUGGAGGCUGUUCUCGAGGACAGUGAAGCUGGUUGACUCAGGUCAAUAUCCACCCUCUUACCUCAGGGGUCGUGAAGGCAAUGCGUUGUUGUCCCCGCUUUUACGACCAUGUGAAGCGGAGAGGACAAGCACAACCUGAGCAAAGGGAGUACUGACUUUCAGCCUGGAGCCAUGGUCUGUCUUAACAGCCAACAGUUUACUGCUGGGGAGAACAUAGAGGUGGCUGUGUCCAUUCAACGCUGUUUGCAUGCACGUGCACCCAACCACACAAACACACACACACACACACACCAGUUUGGUUUAUGGCAUGUGCGACGCAAACACAUAUUUUUCAUAGGUGUGUGCGGGGGGUUAAAUGCCACCUCAGAAUUAAUUAAAGAGUCAUUGCCGCAAAGGAAAAAAAGUAAACUUUCUUUUUUUCUGGUUUGCUCGUGAGACAUUUUACUCGGUCAUGUCUGGGGCACUCAUUUGCAAAGUACAGUUUUGAAUAUGAGAAAUGUCUCAAACACAGAAAUGCAUCUGCUGUGAGGGAGAAUAUCCGAUUUCUAAUCUACCUCAGGAACAUUAGAAUGCUAAACAGGAAACCAGAUAAUAUAUCUCUGUGUGUGUAUGGGUGUCAACUAUGUAAACUGGAGGAAAGUUUUUAUCAGUGCUACACCUGCCAUUGACAGACGCCAUGUCACAUGCGCUGCAGUGAAUGUACACUCUGUGUGUGUUAAGUCAGUUGGUGCUCAAUCAAAUCCCCAGCGUUUCUUUUGCAUUAAGAGGGCAAUUACUCAAAUGAGGUAACACUUUGACAUUAGGGGGAAAAAGGUGCACACAUGACAGCAUUUGAAAAAACGCAGGAGCGGUGUUCUUGGAGCACACAGAGCUGAGUCUUUGACUGGAGGCAGAAGACGACCAGCAGCCAGAAGGAUUUGACAUCGGUUUAUUUCCUGUCUACCACUGUGGGUCACAUGGCGAGUGCGUGGGCGAAAGAUAGUGGAAUGCGUUAAAGGGGUGAGGCUCUUGCCACUAGACACAUGCACUUGCACAUGCACAUGGACACAGACACACACACACAUGCUCUCACAUACACACACACACACCAACAUACAUCUGUACUUGCAGCUGGUUACAUGCUAGGAAGACAUACUAAUGUGCAGAGCAUGUAGAAGCAUGUUUACAUGUUUAGUUGGGGACACACAUAGACAGAGGUCAGGCGUGUUUAAUGCAGCACUAACACAAACACACCCACACACACACACACACUUUCCCACACACUUUCCCACACUUUCCCACAGUUUCCCACACUGUUAUGACUGCUGGGUGGAGGGAGCUCAGGCACUGACUCAACCUCCACACUCUGGGUCACAUUUAUGAAGUCAAGGUGCUACUUAGGCAACUAAAGUCAGAUCCAUACAGAGAUACGUGGGUUCAACAGUGCAGCUGUAAAAUGGUCACAUGCAAGCCUGGGAGGAAAACAUGCGCCUGCAUUCACCCACACACAUGUGCUCACAGACACGCACACACACACACACAGACUAUGCAGCAGCAUGUGUGUCCAACAUUCUAUGUUUCCCACUGUUAUAAAUCUUUGUGUGUGAAUGAAACUUUUUCGUCCAAUCAAAUCACUCACAGACCAGGCAGAGGUCCCCACCCCCUUUUUUUUGCUCCCUCUCUGCUCCGCUUGACCUCUCUCUCUCUCUCUCUCUCUCUCUCGUUCUCUUUCUCAGCUAUAGGAUAACAUUUCCAUGCAUCAGGAUGUCAAGGUUUGACAUCCUCUUAUCAACAAUGUAAAAGGCUCAACGUCACACGCCCACUUCUCCUUUUGGUUGCACAGUCAUUGAUAGUGUGCGUGAAAGCCUGACCUCUGGUUUAGCCUAUGCCUUAUUCUUAAUAUGACCGGAACUGCUUUUCUCUAUCGGUGAGAUUCUCUGAUGUCCUUCAUGAGCUCAUCCUGCACUUGAGCAUCCUCCAAGAGGCCCUUCAACAAAGCUACAUGUCUGUUUUUAACCAAAGGAACUGUGUGUUGAAAAAGGAAAAUAUAUGGGAGCCUACAGUAUAUCACAGUAGGCCACUCACACCCUAUGUGGCCCCACUGUAACGACUGUGCCAGACACACACACACAUGCACACACGUGUGCCAAUAGUGUGGCCUUGAUGUGGGCUGGUGUGCUGUGUCUGCUUUGAGUGUCUGCAGCUGGAGGCCAAGGCUGCUGGGGGAGACGAAGAAUGAAAGAGGCGGAAAGGAAGGGUCAAAAAAAGGAAAAGAAGAGGACACCAAGAAAAAGACAGAUAUAAGUUUUGGGGAGGAAAGGUAAGUGAUCCUAAAUGAGUGAAAAGAGUGAGGAGGAGUUGGGGUGAGUGUAGUUCAUCGAACUGAACUUCAUGGUAAAGCAAAGAGAACGAGAUAAUGUGGGAUGACAAUGAGGUGGAGGAGCAGGAGGCAGCAGGAGGUAUAAGGACUCCUGAGUUGUGGCGAAAUGUGGCAACCGUCGCAGACUCGGCUGGGAGGCUGAAAAUGGAAAAUCUGACAUGUUUAAGAACAGCAAGAGGGCCCCCAUUUGAGGUUGUGUGUGUGCGAGGGUAUGUGUGGGUGUGUGGGUGUGUCACUCAGCUGCUGUGUCCUGGUUUUGGACUGCAGUCCCACAAAGAAAGGCCAUACCAGGCUGUACCGUGCUGUGUCAAAAACUAAUCAGACCAGACAAGCUCAAUAAUAUCUGUUUGAUUUCCCACACACCUAAAACCUCUGUCUGAGCAGAAAUGUGAAACUCUCUGUUACAACCAAACGUCAACAACACCAGGAAACUCAGGAACGAGAUAUAUGUUGUUGGUCAUGUGUGUGUGUGUUUGUGUGUGUUUGUGUGUGUUUGUGUGUGUGUGUAAACACGCCUGACCUUUGUCUAGGUGUGUACCAAAGUCAACAGGUAAACAUGCCUCUACAUGCUCUGCACAUUUCUACAUCUUCAACUCAAAAGAUCAGGAGUAUAUUCAAAACAUCCACACCCCGGUAAAUAGGCAACAUUGAUGUGUCUCAAUAGAUUCUUGCUUUGAAUGAAAAUACAUAACACUUCACAAGCUCCGCUGUAAGCUGCUGGUUUUGGUUGGGGCUUUUUAAAUGGAGCCACAAAACCUGAAAGAAUGAUAUAAAAUCGCUCAAUCGUAUAUAGAAUAAUUAAAUGGAACCGCAAUGUACAAUAUGAAAAGAAAAGCACCACAAAGUAGGGACAUUUUUAACACUUUUAACAGGUCAGGCCUACUACAGUCAAGUAAAGUUAAGUAAUAACAACAACCGUUGGAUGCAUUAAUGGUUGCAUGGCAUGGUGGUCCAGUGGUUAGCACUGGGUUUUCUCCAGAGCUCUGUCUUCCAUGACAUGCAGGUUAGGGUGACUCUAUAUUGCUGGAGGUUUUUUGUGUGUGUGAAUGAUUGUUGUUGUCUGUAUUUUAUCCGUCUGAUGGAUUGGCGACCUGUCCAUGGUGGACCAAACCCCUCUCGCCCAAUGACCUUUUAAGGAUAAGUGGUAUAGCAAAGGUAGGGAGGCAGGUAGGUGGGUGCGUGGGUGGAUUGAUUCCACCAACUUGAUUGUGUGAUCAAUAAAUGAUCCUGAUUCUGAUGGAAUGGCAACGUAAAUAAAAAUGUUUUUUAAAACAUAUCUAAAUGUGUCAGAAAUAUGCUUUUUACGUCUCCCUAUGUUGUGUCUUCUGUUUGGGGCCACAGGGCUGCAGCAUGGCUGACUUUGUCUAAUAGAUGAUGCACUCACCCCAUCUAAUGGUGAAAUAGGAAAACUGCAGGUUCAAUGGAGAAAUAUUUUCUUUAUAAGGUUAAGAAGGAACAGCUAAAUGCAACAAGUACAAAAACAAUAUAUUUGCAUCAUAGUUUUGUCAAAAGAGGAAAACAAAUUUUGUUUCCCACAUCCCGACCAGAUGAUUCCAUAACAAAUCCUCUCCAUCAUGUGUUCUGACCAACGAACACUGUGUUGAUGUGAUACAAAACCCAUUAAACAUUGUUCUCUGGUUCUCUCAGUCAAUAGGCCCCCCCAUGAUGUAGGGAGUGCUUGACCGCAUAGAAAAUAAUCACUUUAUUUAACGGUGCCAUCACCCUACUAGGCACUCAUUAACACGGCCUACAAUGGUCUAAUUCAUUCAUUCUGCAGUCCAGAGCUUCACCACAUCCUUUCAGAGAAUGACCAUGCUGGGAGAAAACAACUAUUUUGCACCGAGGGGGCGUUGGUGGGUGUUUGAGUGUUUGACAUGUGACUCUCUUGCGUGUGUUGUUUUCUGUAAAAUGAUCAGGACGGAUGCUGCAUAUCAUCUAGUGCACUCAGAAGCAAAGAAAGCCUGAAGUCUCCACUCGGUAAAGGAAUUGAAAAACCUUUUGUCUAAGAAUAAAACCCACACUGCCUGUGGCACAAACAAGUGUUCGUCAGGGUGAAUUAAAUCAGAUUUUCAAAUCCACAAUGUCCCCUCGAGGGUGGGAAACCAAAUUUAAAUUAAAGAACAAACAACAUAACAAUAAUAGAAACCAGAGCUCAUAUAUGACCAUAGUAUAUGCAUCCUAACCAUUCAGCUAUCAGGUCACCACCUAACCAAGUUCAUUUAAGAUCAUAUAAAGCUUCAAAGUAACAGGACCUGAGCACAGCAAAAGAGUCCUUAAAUUAAGGCUAAGGCUCUUACAAAAGAAAACAAACAAAAUACAGGAAACUUGAAAAGAUUGCAAAAGGGCUAAACCGAAAAAACGGAGAAAACUCUAGAAAAUUUAAAACAAAAAUAUAUAAAUUAAAUUAAUUAAUCCUGCUUAGUCCACUGCUGCGCAGGAGGUAAAUAAAAAAAUAAAAAAUAAAAUAAUAUAAAAUGAUAAUGUUUACCUCAAAAAGCCAAUUAAUUUGCCUGAAUAAUAAUAAUAAUAAUAAUCCUUACAAUUUCAAUAGGGCCUCACUGUCUGUCAGUGCCUCUCAGUGCUCGGGCCCUAAUGACCUGAUAGUGUCCAUCUGAAAGGUCAAAGUGUGUCAGUGUCACAGCGACAUUCCUCGACCUGGUACCAGUGUCUUUGUCCUUGCUCACAAAAUCCUCACGGACAGAAUAUCUAAUUGCAAACCAUCUUGAUCCUCUGAAAGUUCUGUAACUUAAUCAAACUGCCUGCCGUCACCGGUUGAGGCUCUUUGUGCUCAGCCCUUGUUUCGCUGCCUGAGGGACUGAAGGAGCCGACAGCUGGUGAGGGAUGGUGUAAAGAGACUGUUUCCAUUCUGCUCUCCGCUAUCCUUUUACAGUUGUAUAUUUAUGUCUCAGUUUCUCUUUGACAGGGCGAAACCCUCGGCCUCAGGGCGGCUCUCACUGUGUGUGUGUCUGUGUGUGAGGACCACACCGUGCUAUCGUCCUCCUGGUGUGACAUGGGAGGGGCCUCUGUGCAUGCAGGCUAUGAGCUCAGUCCUCUUAUUUCCCUUGUAAAUGUUAUCACCACAACCAGUCAUAUUUCUCUCCUGCUCCUCCUCCUCCUCCUCCACCUCGUUCUCUUCCACUCCUCUCCUCCUUCCUCCAUCCCUCCCUCACUCCCUGGCCGCCUGUCACAGGUCCCACAUAUCCCCCAGAGGAUAAGAUGCCAUGGAGGCCCCGGGAAGAACGGCACACUACGGCUGCUCUGUGCUGCUCAUCCUAACAGCCAACAUCGUCUCCACCCGCACAGAGGUCAGCUCUGACUUAAUCUACAUGCCGUCACUCGUCCAUCGUGGCAUCGAAGGGAGGCCCCUGUUUCUGUCUGUGGAGACGCGUUUUCCGAUGGACAACGCUGAGAUCCAGGGAACGUGGUUCCACACCAACCUGAGUGGCUCCAGGACCUUGCUCGUGAUGUUUACCAAAGCGAGCAAUAUCCUCAACAUGACGUAUCGCAACCGCCUCCGCUUCGAGGAACCCAAUGCCUCUUUGCUGAUCCGGAAAUUAAACCAGGGCGACGAAGGAAAUUAUCAUCUGAGUCUGAACAUAGAGUUUCACAACAAGACAGGAGAGGUCUUCAAGGGGGAGAGAACUGUGCAUGUGACAGUGGAUGUCCCUGUGUCCAUUCCAAUCAUUGAGAAGAAUCCAAACCAUACAGUCAUCGAGGACAAGGCGAACAUAACCUGGACCUGCUCUGUUGAGAGAGGAACAAGAGUUGUGUUCCAGUGGCUGAGGGACAACAUCCCGCUGGGCCCCAGGGACAGAUACCACUUCUCCCAAGACAACGCUACAUUGUUAAUAAGUCCUGUGAGGAAGGAGGACAAGGGAGUUUAUCGCUGUGUGGCCAGCAACCCAAUCAGCCAUGGUCGACACAGCAGGGGCCUGGAACUCGAUGUUUACUAUGGCCCCUACAAUCUGGAGGUGAACUCGGGCCAGGGCCUGCGGAUAGGGGAGAUGUUUACCAUCAACCCGGGAGAGCUGGCCUUCUUCGAGUGCCAGGCGGAUUCCAACCCACCCAACAGCUACGUCUGGAUCUCCAAGAGCCACAACUCCACCAAGGUCAUCACCGAGGGCCCGCGGCUGGAGGUGCUGUUCUACAGAUUGGCCCAGGCUGAAGAGUACCUGUGCCGCGCCUUCAACAACGUGACACAGAAGCAGGACGAGGCCCAGUUCACCCUGUUGGUGGCCAGCUUAGGGAAAGAUAAACAAACCCAGGAGGGCGGCUCUGUAUCUCCGCUGGCGGCCAUUGCUGUCUGCUCUUUGUUCACGAUCGGCUGUUUUUUGAUUCUGCUGUUCUUCCUCAGGCGAAACUGCAAUCCUAAGAGAGUGCUAGUGAGCAUUUACAACAGACCGCUGUGCGAGCAGAAAAAACCUCAUCGUUCAGGUCAUGAGGAUGCAACAGAAGACUUUGGCAUCUACGAGUUUGUCUCCAUACCUGGGAAAAUUGAUUCUACACAGGUGUCCUGCAGAUCUCUGGCCCGCCUCGAGUCAGUCCAGGACAUGCACACCACCAUCUACGAUGUGAUCAGACACGUCCCAACAGAUUGUUGGGACGUGACAACCCCGACAGAUUGUUGGGACGUGACAACCCCGACAGAUUGCCGAACUAACAUCUGACCAGAGAGUUGACAUGUAACUUACAGUCAUUUCUCUAAAAAGACUCUUGGUUUUAUGUCAUUAAGUGUCUAUUAUCAAAGACUGAGUCGCUGGUUACGUGGCCCACUUGUUUUCACAUCGGAUGAAGGAAACAAGGGGGAGUAACCUGAUCGUGCACUGUUAUUGUCCAGAGUUUGGAACAGAUGUAAAAAUCCUCCUUGUCGUGAGUUUAAAACGUACGAAUGACUUAUCUUCAAUGUGAAAGGAUAACUGAUAUUGAAUGUGUUUUUCUUUUUUUCCAUUGAAUAAUGUAGAUCACAUUACACCAUGCAAAUGUGUUAGUACUUCAUACAAUACAAUAUUUGGAAAUACCAGGCAACUAAACUCCAACACUUUGGUAACUAUUUUAAAACAAUGUUUAAUUAAAAUAUACUAAUGCUAAUUUCAUAUCUUUCUAAUUCAAAAUAUCCCCCAAAGAGAAUCAAUUGUAUGAUAAGUGUUAUAAUUAAUGAACUUUCUUGUAUCAAAUAUAUUUAGGUUAAAUGUGCUGUAUAUAUUUUGGUGGUCUACACUGCAGAUUCUUUAUACAUAUUACUCUAUCUCUAUGUUUUUGCUGAAAUCUAUUUAUUCCUAAAGAAACUCUUUAACUUAAUUUCCUCAAAUGUAGCAUUUUUCUGCUCGACAUGAAAAUACUGUAAUGAAAUGCGGAAAAUUCUUAAAUUAAUUCUUAAAUUAUUGUACAGUUUGUAUUCUGCCUUCACACGUCUGUUUUGUACUUCAUUAAAGAU